AUGCCGAAAAAUCCGAGAUACGGAUUGAAAGAUGUACCGGGAAAGGGAAAAGGUCUUGUUGCAACCCAGGACAUUCCUAAGGGUACUCGGAUCAUUGAAGAGAAGCCAAUUAUGACGAGGCCUAAACGAGCAUCCCCAGGAUUCUCUCUCCGAGGUCAAUUCAAUGCCCUCAAUGAUGAACAACGGCAAGCAUUCCUAUCUCUAGAAAAUGUACACCCUUACAAGAAUGCGGAUGAGCAAUACUUCGGUAUCUUCAAGACGAAUGGUCUUCCCAUGGAAAGUGACGAUGAGGGCGGUCUAUUCAUUGAAACUUGUCGGAUCAACCACGCCUGUGACAACAACGCCUCUAGCAACUGGAACACGACUAUCCAAAAGCACACUAUCCACGCAUUGAGAGACAUCCACGAAGGCGAAGAGAUCACAAUAAGCUAUCUUGGAUCUCGCGCGUGGCCUCGCCAAAUUCGACGACAAGUUCUCCAAGAGAAAUUCAGAUUUUUGUGCUCAUGCAAUCUUUGUGGUUUACUUGCCAGGGAAUCCAUGCAAAUUGACAGAGAGUUGAUGAAUAUCGCUCGGAUCAUGACUCUGAUUCCAGGCACCUCUAUUAGAUAUCCGUUGCAGGGCAUCCGUUACAUGGAUCAAGCAGUUCAGCUACUCUCUGGCAAAGAAGUGGGUGUCAGCUUGUUGGGUGGUCUUUUUGCUGAAGCUUCUAAGAUGAACGUAGGUCACGGUGACUUGGCAAGAGCUCGUACUUUGGCUGAGAAGGCAACACCUUACUUGAUUAUAUCAUAUGGCAGUGACAGCGUGCAAGUGCUCGAUAACCAGCAUCGAGCCAACCAACCAUCCAUGAACAUCUACUACGGCUUAUCAUCUAUAGACUGGGCGACACCCGUCCAUGAUGUCCCGUCAAGUGUUGAUUCAAAUGGAUUUGAAGACUGGCUUUGGAGAAGAGAGGGACUACAGAAUUCACAAAUUUAUUUCGAAAGCCUAAACAUUUUUUUAGUAACUCCAUUUUCCCCUCAUUCCUGGAACUUCCGCAUAGAGACCAGACGAGCCCAGAGUUCUAUGAAAAUGCUGGAAAGUCCAAUCAGCGACCGCGACGCCACUGUCAAAGACCUUGAUGACACACAUGUCCAACUCUUACUCGAAACCAAUGCACGAGGGAUAUUUCCUAAACUUCGAAAAGCGCACACGGUUGCAAUUCUCUAUGCGCAACGCGACGGCAAAAUAACUGAACCUGAUAUCAGCCUUAAAAAUAUCGCAUUACUUCAGAUCUUCCCAACAUCAUUAUCUCGCUUGAUUGCAUUAAGAGAUCUGACUCACGAAUUUUCCACGAAAAGAGAGACUGAUAAUGCCAGAACAUGCCACGGAUGUGGUAAGAAGUCAUCUUCAAUGGUUAAAUGCAGCGGGUGUUCCUUUUUCUGUUAUUGCAAUGAGAAAUGCCAGAAGAACGGCUGGUGCACUAAGGGCCACAAAAAUGAUUGCAAAAUCCUCAAGAAGCCUGAUUUGCGAGGGAUGUUUUUAAUUAAGUGGGAAGAGUUCAAUGGCGCUGCUCAAUUUCCUCUGUUGACUGUUGUGGGAAAUUAA